AUGACCGCCGUGGUUCUCACCGUAAUGAGCCUCCGGGCAAUGAAAAUGGUCCAAUUCACGGCGGUGAAUUGGCAGCGUGCCUGGUCUUUGGCACCGGUGACAAUCCUGUAUGUCAGCAAUGUGGCAUUUGCCCUGAUGGGCCUCCAGAACUUGAACAUUCCUAUGUACAACACGCUCAAGCGGCUCACACCUGUCAUUGUACUUGUAGCUCGGGCUGUGCAAACUAAGAAGGCACCGCCACGGGACAUCACUGCCUCUGUCUGUCUGGUUGUCGCUGGGUGUGUUGUGGCCGGCAUUGGGGACUUCAGUUUCGACCUGAAAGGGUACAUCUUUGCCCUGUUGAGCUGCGCUUUGCAAGCAACGUACCUCAUUCUUGUGGAGCAGUCAGGAGCUGAGAAAGGAGUGGGCACUACAGAAUUGCUUUACUACAAUGCCUUACUGUCCUUGCCCUUCCUUGUACUGGCAACCAGGAAAUUGCUCAUAAUUCUAUGGUCUGCCAUGCAGGUGAUCUUGAUAAGCGGGGAGGCUGUUCAGAUCGGCCCUGCAUUGGGUCGAGCAGAGACUCAGUUGGGCGGCAUUGCUUUGGUUGCAUUGUUCCUAGUCUUUAGUCUUUUUGGCAUGCUGCUAAAUUGGAGCAUGUUCCUUUGCACAAUGAGCAACUCUGCAUUGACAACCACUAUCGUUGGAGUACUGAAGGGAGCAGUGGCCACGGUCUUGGGAUUCUUCCUGCUUGGCGGUGUGGAGUUCCACACCUUGAAUGUGAUGGGGAUUGUCAUCAACACAUUCGGUGGUACAUGGUAUACUAUCAUUAAGUAUCAGCAGAGGCAGCAACGUCUCGCAAUGGCCCGAGGAGAUUUGACAUCGUCUACGUGA